AAUGAGCGCGAGUCCGAGUACGCGCAGCAGUACGAGGCGUGGCGGGCGAAGAACCCGGAAAAGGCCGCACAGUCGGCGCUUCACCUGCACCCGGACAGUGAGGGCAGCUGGAAUGAGCUGAUGAACACAUUUGACAAUUCUACGCUGCGCAACUCGCGCAAGGUCAAGCAGCUGGUGCAGGCCGGUAUGCCUCCGCGGAUGCGCGCGCGCAUUUACUACAAGCUGUCGGGUGCGGCCGCAUUGGAGAAGACCGGCGAGUACACGCGGCUGGUGGCGCUGGAGAAGAUCCCGAUCUACGAUGUCAUUGAGCGCGAUGUGUCGCGCUGCUACCCAGACCACUCGAUGUUUGUGGAUGCCGAUGGACAGGGGCAGCGGCAGUUGCGGCGGAUCCUGCGAGCGUACUCCCAAUACAACGCAGAGGUCGGGUACUGCCAGGGGAUGGGCCGGCUGGUCGGCUUGUUCUUGAUCAUUGGGCUUUCCGAGGAGCGCGCGUUCUGGGUCCUGGCGGCGACCAUCAAGGAGUACGUCCCAAACUACUAUCUGUCGGACCUGGGCGGCCUGCGACUGCACACGGUGGUGUUCGAUUCUCUUCUGCGCGAGCGCAACCCCAAACUCCACGCGCAUCUGUCCGAGCAAGGUUGCGAUGCACUGAUGUAUGUGACGCCAUGGUUUAUGACUAUCUUCACGCUUUCGCUUCCGUGGGAAACGGCGCUGCGCGUGUGGGACUGGUUUAUUUAUCGCGGGACCAAGGUGUUGUUCCGCGUGGCGUUGGCGAUUACGGAUUUGGCGAGCAAUUAUUUGCUGGCGGCAUGUCCGACUAUUGCGGAGCAGCUCGGAUUCUUUUUGCAUAUUCCGCCAUCGCUGGUUGCUCCUGAUGUGCUGAUUGGGGCGGCGGUUCGCGUCAAGCUGACGGAGAGGCAUAUUGAACGGCUCACGCGUGCUGCC